AAAUUAUCAAUUCUAUUAUCUCAUCUGAUAUUCGAAAGAAAAUUGAAGAAUCAAUUUUAUUACAUUCUAAUCUUUAUGAACUUAUUAUUCCUCAAUUUAAAUGUCAUGGUCUCGGUUAUUAUUAUAAACCUGAUUCCGUUCAAGAGAUUUUUAUUAAGAAUUUAGAACCUUGUUAUUAUGAAACUUGUCCAAUGUAUUCGAAACAUUUGGAUUCUUCUUCUUGCAUGAUUAAUUAUUUGGAAAGAUGGAAUAUUAUAACUGAUGAUGAAAAACAAAUUUUUGAGAAAAUCUCUUUAUGUUCUGAAAAAGUUUUUGAAUUAAUGUAUCCAAAUUAUAAAGAAAUAAAUGAUGUCAUGAACAAAAAUAAUUUAGAUUUUGAUAUUUCAAUAGAAUUUAAUCAAAGAAAUUUAAAAUUAUUUAAUAAUGAUGAAAAAGAUAAAAGUCUUUUUGUUGAUAGAAGAGAAAUGAAUUUAAGAUCUAUUCAAAGAUGUUCGAAAUUAUUAGAUAAUCUAUCUGAUGGUUCUAGUAAUAAAGAAAAAAAUGAAAUUCAAAAUAAUAAUCUUGAACGACAAAUACAACUACAACUUUUAUUGCUUCAGCCAAAUUCACGUAAGUUGGUGUAACAAACUUGUAUAUUUAUUUUUUAAUUUUAAUUUUUUUUUUUUAUUUAUUUUAGAAUCAUGGAAAAAGGUCGGAAAACGUUUCGUUGUUACACUCAUUAUAUCAUUAAUCUUGGUCAUCGCAACUUCUUUGGGGUGUUACUUCUUGAAUAUUUGAAAAAUAUAUAUUUGAUAUAUAGAAUUUUAGAGUUAUUAAAUACAAAAUUCUUUUUUACAAUUUUAGAAGAUUCUUAGAAUAAUAUUAUUAUUUAUAUUAUUUAUAUUAUUUAUAUUUAUAUUUUAGAUUUUUUAGAUAGAAAAAAAAAAUUAAUGUAUUUCAUUAAAUAAAAUCAGUAAAUUA